AUGGAUACAGACGCCAUCAAAGGAGCCACGGCGGAGCGCCCGCAGUCAUUGAAUACAAAGGACUCGGAGGUACCAGAGGAGAUUCAGCAAGAUGGUGUGCAAAUCGCCGACGCAGUUACAACUACGUGGACUCGCAAGCAUCUGAUUGUUGCUUAUACUAGUAUGUGGCUGGUGUAUUUUGUCAACAAUCUCAACAGCAGUCUCACCGCAAACCUCUCGGCUUACAUUACGAGUGACUUUUCGGAACACUCGCUGUUGACCGUUAUUUCAGUCAUCACUAGCGUUAUGGGUGCUGCUUGUUUGAUGCCUGUCGCUAAAAUCCUCAAUAUCUUUGAUCGAACUGUUGGAUUCGUGAUGAUGCUGGUGAUUGCAAUUAUGGGGUUGAUCAUGAUGGCUGCUUGUAACAAUAUCACUACCUACUGUGCUGCACAGGCGUUUUAUACUGUUGGAUUCACCGGUGCCAUUUUCUGCAUUGACGUGAUCACUUCAGACACCUCCUCGCUUCGUGAUCGAGGCCUUGCUUAUGCCCUCACCUCUUCUCCUAGUAUGAUCACUGCCUUUGCGGGCUCGCCGUUGUCAAAUCAAUUCCAUGAAACCAACUGGCGAUGGGCCUACGGGACAAUCUGCAUCAUUCUCCCUAUCGCUGCGCUCCCUUUGAUUGUGACCUGGGAAAUGGCUAAACGAAAGGCCGACAAAAACGGUCAAUUGCAAUACAAGGAGAGGACUACACGAACCUGGGGAGGAGCCAUUUGGCACUACACCAUGGAAUUUGAUGCUAUCGGAAUUUUCCUUAUGAUAGGCGGCACAAUCCUUUUCCUGACAUCUUUCAAUAUCGCAGGCAACACCGAGGGCCAAUGGCGAUCGGCCAAGAUCAUUGCGAUGAUGGUUGUGGGAUUCUGUGUUCUCGUGGUAUUCGUCAGUUACGAGCGAUGGCUGGCCCCGAAGCCUUUCAUCCCUUUCCAUCUGAUCACCGAUCGAACGGUCAUUGGCGCAUGUCUUUUGGAUGUAACCUACCAGAUUUCUUAUUAUUGCUGGGCCAGUUAUUUCACCUCCUACCUUCAGGUCGUCUACAACACCAGUCUGACGCAGGCCGGUUAUAUCAGCGCCAUCUUUGAUUUCAUGGAUCCAAUUUGGCUAAUUGGCUGUGGCUUCCUCAUCAGAGCAACUGGGCGCUUCAAGUGGCUUCUCUGUGCCGCCGUGCCCCUCUACCUCCUAGCAAGUGGUCUGAUGAUCUACUUCCGUCAACCGGGUCACAACGUUGGAUACAUGUGCAUGUGCCAGAUCUUCCUGGCAGUGGGUGGUGGAACCUUUAUUCUGAUCGAGCAAGUUGCUGUUCUUGCUGCGGCCUCGCAUGAAGACUAUGCUGCCAUGUUGGCACUUCUCAGCACUUUCGGGUACCUGGGUGGCGCAGUGGGCAGCAGUGUUUCCGGUGCUAUCUGGACAAACACCCUUCCCUCCAAGCUACGUGCGAAUCUGCCAGCGGACUUGAAAGACCAGUGGGAAGACAUAUAUGAGUCGUUGGAUGUCCAACUCAGUUAUGCAGUUGGCACACCUGCUCGCAUUGCUAUCCAGGAUGCAUAUGCAUUUAGCCAGCGAAACAUGAUGAUUGCCGGUACCGCGGUGAUGGGGCUUUCAAUUGCCUGGGUGCUUAUGAUGAAAAACAUCAAAGUUCAGAAUAACAAGGAUCUUUCCAAGGUCCUGUUCUAG